AUGUAUAUAGGCUUACCCUUCAAGGUCCUGCAUGAGGAGGAGGGGCACAUUGUCACAUGGCAGAUCAACACCAGGGAGAUAUACUAUCCCAAGCUGAUCAAAACUGAGGACAAAAUGAACUGCCAGAUGUCAAAUAUCACGGUCGCAUACAGAGGUGGAGGAGUCACACAGCUGGAGAAGAUUUACCUUCACGGGAACAAGAUCUUCUUACAGAUCUUGCCAGACAUGCUGAAGGUUGUCUCCAUGUUGAAAAGAAUGAAAAACAAAAAACAAAUCUUUGGGGACCACUAAGGGAAGGCAGCUAUCCUGGAGACCCAGGUGGUUGCCAGAGGAAGAGGAUGUGGAAUGGGCUGGGAAAAUAUUUUUUUUCAAAAAUGA